CUUCGCCCCUGCCGUUUCGCUCGUUUUUGAAUUCAACAAUCUCCCGUCGGAAAUUCUCAUAUUCCAUUCCCUUCCUGGCUUCUGUACUUCUAUCCACCGUCCCUCUCCUUCUCCUGCAACUCUCUGUUCUAUUCGUCUCAUUCAAUAUUAUGCUUCCUCGUUGAAGCUACUCCGUCCCCCCUUAUCCUUUUGUUUUUGCCUUUCCCCUCUUUCCUUCUCCAUAAGCUCUUUAAGUGAUCGUCCAGAAGGUCAAACCUGAGAUAUAAACAACUUUCCCUCAGCAAAAUUUUUUGGAGGCAAAUUAAAUGGCAAACCUCAAGCUUGGUGUGGAAGUUGUGGGUGCUCAUGACCUCAUGCCUAAAGAUGGACAAGGUUCCUGCAGUGCUUAUGUGGAACUUCUCUUUGAUGAUCAGAAAUUUCGAACCACAAUUAAAGAAAAAGAUGUAAGUCCUUAUUGGAAUGAAAAGUUUUACUUCAACAUCACUGAUCCAACUAAACUAGCAAGCCUCGCUCUUGAAGCCACUGUCUAUCACUACAACAAAACAUCUGGGUCCAAACACUUUAUUGGCAAGGUUCGGCUAACUGGAACAUCAUUUGUUCCCUAUUCUGAUGCUGUUGAUUUGCACUAUCCUCUUGAAAAGAAAGGCUUUAUUGGACGCGUAAAAGGAGAGCUUGGUUUGAAAGUCUACGUCGUAAAUGAUCCUUCUGUACGAUCAUCAAACCCUCUUCCUCCUAUGGAACCCCUUUUGAACACAGAUCACUCAACUGAAGAUCAAAUUCAGACUCCAGUAUCAUUUACAGAUGCAAUCAAGAACACCAUUCCCCAGAAGAAAACUGAGUCAAAGCGCACAUUUCAUAAGCUUCCUCAAUCAAAACAAGAUCCUUCACCCAAACCAAGUUUACAGCAGAGUGUAAACUUCGCUAUGAAUGAGAUGAAAUCCGCACAGCCUGCUGCAAAAGCUGUACAAGCAUUUGCAAGCGCGUCAUCUCCGGUUGAUUUUGCACUCAAAGAGACUAGUCCAUUUCUUGGAGGAGGACGAGUUGUUGAUGGGAGAAUUAAACGUGGGAAUAGGCCUGCCAGCACCUAUGAUCUUGUUGAACAGAUGCAGUACCUUUUUGUGCGAGUUGUGAAAGCUCGAGACCUUCCAACGAAAGACGUCACUGGCAGCCUUGAUCCAUAUGUGGAGGUUAAGGUUGGAAACUACAAAGGAACCACCAAGCACUUCGAGAAGAACAAAAACCCUGAAUGGAAUGAGGUGUUUGCCUUUGCAGGGGACAAUGUGCAAUCAUCUUUUCUCGAGGUUGUGAUUAAAGACAAGGAUGUGGUUCUUGAUGAUCUUGUUGGAACUAUAAGGAUUGAUCUUCAUGACGUUCCUAAGAGGGCUCCACCUGAUAGUCCACUGGCUCCACAAUGGUAUUGGAUCGAGAACAAAAAUCGGGAAAGAAAGAAUGGUGAAUUGAUGCUUGCAGUAUGGUAUGGCACACAAGCUGAUGAGGCUUUUGCUGAUGCUUGGCAUUCUGAUGCAAUAUCUCCUGGUGGAAGCUCUUCAGCUGCCUACUCUCAGAUUCGAUCAAAAGUCUAUCAUUCACCGAGACUGUGGUAUGUUCGAGUAAGGGUAAUUGAAGCACAAGACUUAAUUGUGCCAGAGAAAGCUCGAUUUCCAGAUGCAUAUGUGAAGGCACGGUUGGGUAACCAAAUUUUGAAGACGAAAUCUGUUCAAGCCAGGACCCUGAACCCGCGUUGGGAGCAGGAGCUAAUGUUUGUUGCUGCAGAACCCUUUGAUGAACCAUUAAUCAUUUCAGUUGAAGAUCGUGUUGGUCCUAACAAGGAUGAGACUAUUGGCAAUCUUGUUAUACCUUUGAAUACAGUGGUAAGGCGUGCAGAUGAUCGAUUUGUCCCAAGUAAAUGGUACCACCUUGAAAAAUCUGUUUCAUCUGCCGUGGAAAGUGCGGAGCACGGAAAAAAGAAAGAAAAAGAUAAGUUCUUCAGCAGGCUUCACCUCAAUGUCUAUCUUGAAGGCGGCUAUCAUGUGCUUGAUGAAUCAACUUAUUACAGUAGUGAUCUUCGUCCUACGGCAAAGCAGCUCUGGAAGAAGUCAAUUGGGAUCUUAGAACUUGGGAUUCUGAACAUUGAUGGACUUCAACCCACAAAAACAAGGGAAGGGAAGGGGACUUGUGAUACAUACUGCGUGGCAAAGUAUGGACAAAAAUGGGUUCGAACUAGGACCAUUAUUGACAGCCUUAAUCCGAGGUACAAUGAGCAAUACACAUGGGAAGUGCAUGAUACAGCAACAGUUCUUACUAUUGGGGUAUUUGAUAAUGCUCAGAUUCAUUCCUCAAAUGGUGGUAAUAAAGACGCAAGAAUUGGCAAGGUUCGAAUCCGGAUCUCUACCCUUGAAACGGGUCGAGUUUACACACACUCUUACCCUCUACUUAUGCUGCAACCUUCUGGGGUGAGGAAGACAGGGGAUCUUCACUUGGCAAUAAGAUUUUCCUGUACAUCAAUGAUGAAUAUGAUGCAUCUGUAUUUCAAACCCCAUUUGCCUAAGAUGCACUAUGUGAAGCCACUUAAUAUUAUGGAGCAGGAGAAGCUUCGUCACCAAGCUGUGAACAUUGUGGCAGCUCGACUGAGCCGAGCUGAGCCGCCUUUGAGGAAGGAGGUGGUUGAGUACAUGUCUGAUACAGAUUCUCAUAAAUGGAGCAUGAGACGUAGCAAGGCGAAUUUCUGCCGUUUGAUGCAAGUUUUCCAUGGAUUACUCUCAGUAGGAAGAUGGAUUGGGGAAGUUUCAAGGUGGAAGAAUCCUCUAACAACAGUGCUAGUACACAUUCUGUUUCUCAUGCUCGUGUGUUUCCCAGAACUCAUUCUUCCAACAAUUUUUCUUUACAUGUUCGUGAUUGGAAUGUGGAAGUGGAGGUUCAGACCAAGAAAACCUCCUCAUAUGGACGUUAGAAUCUCUCAAGCAGAUGUUGUGAUGCCAGAUGAACUUGAUGAGGAGUUCGACACUUUUCCGACCACAAAAAGCCCAGACGUCGUACGUCACAGGUAUGAUCGGUUAAGGAGCGUGGCCGGGAGGAUUCAGAGCGUUGUCGGAGACAUAGCUACACAAGGAGAGAGGAUCCAUGCACUUCUAAGCUGGAGGGAUCCUCGCGCCACAGCCAUAUUCAUGGUAAUAUGUCUUGUGGCUGCAUUAGUAUUGUAUGUGACACCAUUUCAGAUUAUAGUUCUGUUUGCUGGAUUUUAUCUCAUGAGGCAUCCAAAACUCAGACACAAGAUGCCAUCGCAGCCGGCGAAUUUCUUCCGCCGCCUGCCUGCUCUAACAGAUACGAUGAUGUAAUUAUAGCUUCUGUGUGGGUGGCAGCGCAUGUAAAAAUCCUGGGAUGAUGUCUGUUUAUUUAAUGAGUUCAUGGAAGUUGAUACAGAUGAUGUGUACAUGCUGUGGAAAACUGUAAUGUAAUGAUUAGAUUUUACCGAGACUUGCUUCCCCCCCCCCCCGGGAUAUGUUAAACUCCUA